AUAAGGAUGCGGAACUUAGAGGAACUGUACAGUACUCUUAGUUUUAUCACAACCAAAGAAUUUCAAUGGCAGAAAAGAAGAACCAAUUGUUUAUACUCUCACUGAGUCUUCUCCUCUGUGUGUGCAGAUAUGGCUGGUGUACAGAUCCCUCCUCAGCCUCUCCCCCAGCUCCACCGGCUGGUCAUAUGCAGCCAUUGGGUUCUCACAUGGAACCAAAGCCUGUGCUAAGAAUCAACCACAUGCUCACACCGCAAGAGUUCCAGGAGAAAUACGUAGUACCAAAGAAACCUGUUAUCUUCGAAGGUUUGAUGAGCAAUCUGGACGUCAUUAAAAACUGGCAAAGUGAUGAUUAUUUGAGGACACAUUUUGGCAACGAUUUGAUGGGAAUGGAGCAGAAAAAAAAAGAGAACAGAUCACUGUACGGCUUGGAGAUACCUAUGGCAGAAUUCUUGGAUAAGUACAACAAUUCAGAUAUCUACAUGGUGUCUGAUCCGUCCCCGGGUAUGUACAAUGAAUGGCAGCUGCCUCGAUUCUUGCUCUGUGGGGGAUUCACUGACCAUCUCUCUAUGAUCCUGUUGUGGUUCAGCAGUGGGGGUACAAAGUCCGUAGUGCAUACAGACACGAUUGAGAAUCUGCACUGUUUAAUCAGUGGUACAAAGAAGUUUGUUAUGAUUAAGCCACAAUUUGCGGAUCUUAUUGGACCAGAGCACAAAAAGAAAGGAUUCUAUGAUAUUGAUGUGGACAGUGUGAACAUGACAACCUACCCUAACCUGGCUAAGAUCCCAUGGCACCUGGCCGUCCUCAGCCCUGGAGAUUGUCUGUACCUCCCAUUCAUGUGGAUACAUCAUGUGGAUUCUGAAGGCAGGAACAUGGGGCUGAAUGUAUGGUGGAAUUUGUUUGAUUUUAAUGCUGAGAGCUGCCCGUCAGAUGCAAGUGAGCUUCCAGAGUUUGCUCCACUGAGUAACUACGAGCUUGAGACAGUGAUGGACCUCAAGAAAAUGUUAAAUGCGGCAAAACAAAACGAUGGAAGUGUGCACGCAGAAGACUUGCUGACACCUAUGUUGUUAGCGGAAGGAAUGAAACUGGGUCAUAUGUUUGCACUACUGGAAGACAUAAAGCCUGGAUGCGAUGGAGUACUGUCAAACAUCGACGAGUUGCCACGGGAAAGCCUGAGAAGUGGAGCUCUGUUCAUGCACGACUUGUUCAACUCCCACGCCAACUCAGAGGAUAAUCUAGAGCCCCUCAACGAUGAUUCACUUGAGGAGGAGGAGGAGGAGCACCAAAACAGAGAUGAACUAUAGACAAUAUUAUUUUUAGCAAUUCUUACUGUGAUAUAGGUUAUACAUGAUGUGUAGAAUGCAUGUUGCAUGUGUUUGAUUUUACAUGCAAAAUAAUUAUAGGGAAAGAAAAAUUUAUAUGGCCGAAAA